CGUGCAGCUCCCGCUUCUUCAGUCUUAUGUGUUUUGUGCUGCCCAUCACUUUUUAUUCAGCUAUUCUAGACAGCUGACGUUUGUCCCAGCUGUAUUUUAGGUUAGGUGUACUCUAAAUUUUAGCACUUUCGGUAAUUUUCCUCCUACAUUUCCUUCUUUAUCUUUAAGUUGCAGUUUAGGAAUUUAUUUUCGAAAUGUCGAUGACAACUAACAUGUCCCAGUCUCAACUUUACUACGACGAAGAAACUUCAUCCGAAAAAUUAGCCAGGAAAUCUAAGGAGACACCUUUCUUUCCCAUAGCAAUCGGUGCGUGCUUAUUAUCGGUAGCCUACGGAGCGUACGCUUUCAAAAAUCGAGGGAAAAUGAGCACGAGCGUGUAUCUAAUGCAUCUCAGAGUGGGAGCGCAAGGAGCUGCGGUGGGAUCGCUCACGUUAGGCCUGCUUUACACUAUGAUACAACAACAUGUUCUGCAUAGGAAGGAGUAAAAGCCACGAUAUUUUCAAAUACGGAUCGUUUGGUGGAUGAAAGUGUUGCUUUCUUUUUCUUUGUUCUGAAAGUGAGAUUUUUUCGUAAGCAAAUUUUGAUCGCCUAUUAAGUCUAUAGGCCGUUUUGAAAUUAUAUGGUAUUGAAGGUGCUCGUAUAUACACGCCGUAAUCAGAAGUGCAUAUUCCUGAACCAAAUUUAAGUAGAAAAAAGGUGCAGGGUAAGUCAAAAUUGAAAAAUUGUUUUUUUUAUUAAUACCUGAAAGAUGAUAUUAAAUUUUAGCACUGUUGUCCUUUGUCAUAAGACAUUAUUUUAACACUAAGUAGAAGAUAAUUAUGAAUUCCAGCGGCGUCUCGGAGGGUAAUCUCAUUAAUAAUAUUAGCAAACAAUGUAUGAGUCUGAUAUAUAAAAAUACGAUUUUUUCGAAUAAAGCACAGAAAUCUACAAUGUUUGUUCCACCUGGCAUUUCCUUGUUUCCUACUUCGUUUUUGCGGAAAAAAUAUCAAGAAUUAUUAAAAUAGAAUUUUAGUUUGAUUUAUCUGUAAGCCAUCUUAAAAAUCUAAGAAAUGAAGGGUAAUAACAAAACGAUCAAAAAUGUUCGAAACCGCUUUCCACUUUAAACUUUGCAACCCUACAUCUUGAAAGCUAGACUUCCUAGAACACAUGUUUAUAUGACUUGUUCUUAAAUUUGGUUCAGGAAUACUGGUCUAUCAUUACAAUAAAUCUACAUUGUAGCAUUUUUUGGAUAAAAUUCCAUACUUCAGGCCGUUUGAGUCUAAGAUAAAAAUUUACUACGUACUUCUGAUAUUCGGAUAAUCGGAUGUGGAAAGUAGACACUUUUUUGCACCAAACAUUCCGCCUAGUUCAAAUGACGGCAAUAUUUUUUUGCCGUUUUUGUGAUUUUAAUAAGUGAUAGUGUGAUGUCUAAACAAACCGAAACAAAUGAUAUUAUUUAAUUUUAGAUCGGACUUAAUGAUUUUAACUUAUUCAUCAAUGCGCGCGUGUUAUUUAUUUUCGAAUAAAAAUUUAUUUUUUGGUUGAA